UUAUGUUUGCGUACAUAAAUCUGUAUUAAGUUGUUAGAACAGGGGAGGUAACCAAUCGCCAGGUACUGGACUACAGGCGCAGAUGCCUGUUUAAUCACCACGCACUGUGUAAUACUGUGAAAUCGUGCAGUUUUGUCUAUGGGAACACAUUCAUUGGUGCCAAUUUGAGUAAUUUCGUGUUUUUAUUUUAGGAAAAGCUGAACAAAUAAUGGCUGAAAGCAAGCAGAAUCGAGGGGAUGUUCUCAUUUGUCCAAUAUGUGUGGACACUUUUCGCAACCCUGUGCUGUUGCCGUGUCAUCACAGCUUCUGCAGGGACUGCAUUGGUUUGUACGCUGACAAGUGUAAAUCUACACAGAGAGAUUCCCCCACCUCACGGGAUCAACUCGGUCAUCGCACGAUACCAUGUCCAGUUUGUCGGGCUACCACCAAUCUGGGGAGAGACGGUGUGGCUGGUCUGCCUAUCAACUUUCACCUGUCCGAAAUUGUGGAGAAGUUUGCGUCUCAUGUAAAAUCUGAUGAGGACAUCCUGUCUUGUUCUGUUUGUGAGGAGGACAAUAAAGGGAAAGCUGUCAAGUUUUGCACCAACUGUUGUUUUUCUUUACUGUAAGGACUGUCAGGCAUCUCUUCAUCCUAUGAGAGGUGAAUUAAAACGCCACCGGCUAAUUUCAGCACAGGAAUACAUGACACAGAGAAGCACAUCUGGUGAAAUCAGCAGGGAGGAGCAAGCAAGUCCCGAGCCUUUAUGUGCUAGACACAGCCAGCCAUUCUGCAUGUACUGUGUACCGUGCCAGACGGUGAUCUGCACAGGGUGUGUGGUUGAACAUCCGGAGCAUGGUACUAGAGAUCUAGCGUCAGCAGCUGAGAAAAAGAAGCCAACCGUUUUGAACAAGGCCGGCCAACUGGAGAAAGUGUUACAAGAAACUAAAGAAUCGCUGUCACGAUUUGUGACACUGCACAGUGAGAUACAGGAAAACCGGAACCUUCACUGUCAGGAGGUAGAGAAAGCUUAUCGUGCAGCCUUGGAAGCCUUGGAAGCCUGGAAACAACGCUCCUUAGAUCAGAUUGAAGCACGAUACUCACAGUGGAGUGUGGAGUCUAGCGCCACCAUCAAAACUCUGGGAAUACAAACUGAGGAAAUUGAGAGGAUGGUACAAGCUUCCAAAAAUCUGCUGUCCUCAAUGGACGUGAAGUUUUUAGAGGUAAGUCAAAUGUGCAGGUUCCCUAACAUAGGUCCAUUUGCAGGGAAAUGAAAUGUCACUUCAUAAGGCUGUGACUGUUCUGCAAAUAGCUGUGUAAAGUGUUAUACCUCCCCUGAUGACAGUGAUCAGGAGUUCAAAUCCGCCUCAUGCUGCCAGAUCAACUGAAGCUUCAUUUCCAAGAGUUUAACCACGUUGUCAUGUAGCGUCCACUCCGGUCACUGUCCACUUUGCUAUCCAUUAACCUAAUCAAGGCUGUGGAAUUAAACAAACCAUGUGCAUGAAUUCCUUCUGAGUAUUUCUCAGAGAGAGCUUAGGCCUGUUGCUUGUAGUUUGUCAUAAAGAAGGUCCUUAAAUGAGCAGUAAUAAAUCCACAGUAAAUUGCUUAAACAAUAAGCUAAUACUUAUAAUACAUGCAUGCAGGAGCUGUAUUUAGACGGCCAUUUCUCAUUUGCUGCCUUGAUCCUCGCCAAUAAAUUUCCACUUUUCUGGAGGAUAAGUGUUUGAUGGUUUGAGCAGUUGGGCCAGGCCAUUUGAUUUGCCAGCAUCGUUUGAAAGCCAAAUCCCAUUGGCGCUAAUUGGCUAAAACAUUGGUUACUCAUACAACUUUCCCAGACACAGGAUUUGAUGGCAUUUAUUUUGUGACAUUUCUUUGUCUAGCAUUGUCAGCAUCCUUUAACCUUAUUUUAUGCGC